GCGUGCAACAAAUUCAGAUUAUAAAUAAACAAGUCCCCAGUAGGAAUAAAUUAGCUGCUAGCUGCUAUGACUCUAGUAAGAGACUAUGUGAUGAUCAUACUGUUGAUUUUGAUGUGACUCAUAUAAGUAGCAAUUUAAAAUAUUCUAGGGAACAAUUGGCACGAGAGUGACCCGUGAUCACUACAGUGACAUGAUGCUGCACCAGACGGCUAAUAACCGUUACCGCCCAUGGAAUGCAUCUCCCUUUCAAGUCGCAGCUCUGGUCUUUGUCGUCAGCCUUCAACUUUCUUUGUCAUCACUCAGUGAUGCUGUACCUGCACAGGAGACACCAUCGUCCUGCCACAUUUCAAGCGUCAAAGAGGGGGACCCGACAAACAUAACAUGCACAUUCAGCUCAGAUGUUUAUGCGAAUAAAUCAAACAUCAAAAUAAUUCGUUUUGAUGAUGAUAACGAAGGUACUCGCGUCGCACGCUGCUUCUGGCAAAAAGACAGACCAGUCUGCAACACAGUAUCAGGAUACCAACACACCUUCACAGAUGAAGUCGGCAUCACAAUACCACAGUCGUCCCGCAAUCAGUCUGGACGAUACGCUUGCAUCGUGCAAGGCUCUGAAUCCACAGCAUUUGCAUCUUGUAACUUUACUGUCAUGACAGCCGGGACCACGACGUGUGCGAUCCCGUCUGUCAAAAUGUCGUCCCAAACAUCAUUGACCUGUAAUUUCCCAGAGGACAUCAGCAAGACCAGAGCAGACAUUUCUGUCUAUCAUCAUUCGAUGCAAGGUCGUACAGAAACUGUGAUGUCCUGCACAUGGGAGAAAGAGAAGUUGAAUUGCAGCACUCAUUGUGGCUACGAGGUUGAGGGCAACGUGUCAGAUCACGUGAUUCUUAGGGUCCACAACACGUCGGAAGAUCACGAAGGAACGUACGACUGUCAGAUUAAGGGUUUUGUAUCAGCCUUUUAUAAAAACUGUUCCUUUGAGCUUGAGAAAGAAGUUGAACAACAGCCCAGAACCACGUCCUUCUGUAAUAUUUCAAGGGUCAACGAGACAGAGUCUGUCGAGCUGACAUGUGCAUUCAGUGUUGAUGUCAAUGCGACUAGACAGAACUUCAGUGUGAUUCAUCUUGCUAAUGAAGGAAGAAAAGCUGUUGACAUCCUCACCUGCGUUUGGGUGAAAGAGAAAGUGAACUGCGUGACGGCGCCGGAAUACGAGUUCAACAGCACAAUCACAGACCAACUCGUCAUCAGAGUACCGCGAGCGUCACGUGACCACAACGGAACAUACGCUUGUCACGUGCAGAGUUUUGACUCAACAGGGUUUGCACCCUGCGAAUUUAUCUUCUCUAAAGAUGGCAAAACAAAGUGUGAAAUUCCAUCUGUAAAACUGAUGUCACAAACAUCUUUGACAUGUUAUUUCCCAGAGGACAUCAGCAAGACCAGAUCGGACUUUACUGUCCAUCAUCACUCAAUCCAAGGUUUCACAGAUGCAGUAUCGUCCUGUGAAUGGAAUAAUGAAAAAUUGAACUGUAGCACCAGUCGUGGAUACGAGGUUGAUGGCAAUGUAACAGAUCACGUGACUCUUAGGGUCCACAACACCUCGAAGAAUCAUGAAGGACUGUACAGCUGUCAGAUGACUGGUGUCGGAUCUGAUGGUUACGAAAACUGCUCCUUUCAGCUUGAGAAAGAUGAUAAACAGCAGCUGGUGGACAUGUCGUCUUGUAAUAUUUCAAGUGUCAAAGAGACAAAAGCUGCAGAACUGAUCUGUACAUUCAGUGUUGAUGUCAAUGAGACGAAACAGAACUUCAAAGUGAUUCACCUCGGUCAUUAUGGAAGAAAAAGUUUUGGUGUCCUGGUAUGCAUCUGGAUGGGAGACAGACUGGACUGCACCACAUCCCCGACCUACGAGUUCAACAACACCGUCAGCAGGCAACUCGUCGUCAGAAUACCGCGAGCGUCACGUGAUCAUAGCGGGAAUUACGCUUGUUACGUGCCGGUCUCUCAGCUCGACGGGUUUGAAUCGUGUGAAUUUAUGGUCAUGACAGCUGGGAUAACAACGUGUGAAAUUCCAUCUGUAAAACUGAUGUCACAAACAUCCCUGACAUGCUCCUUCCCAGAGGACAUCAGCAAGAUUAGAUCAGACUUCACUGUCUAUCAUCAUUCAAUCCAAGGUUUUACAGAUGCAGUAUCGUCCUGUGAAUGGAAGAAUGAAAAGUUGAACUGUAGCACCAGUCGUGGCUACGAGGUUGAUGGCAAUGUAACAGAUCACGUGACUCUCAGGGUCCACAACACCUCGAAGAAUCAUGAAGGACUGUACAGCUGUCAGAUGACUGGUGUCGGAUCUGUUGGUUACGAAAACUGCUCCUUUCAGCUUGAGAAAGAUGAUAAACAGCAGUUGGGGGGCAUGUCGUCUUGUAAUAUUUCAAGUGUCAAAGAGACAAAAGCUGCAGAACUGAUCUGUACAUUCAGUGUUGAUGUCAAUGAGACGAAACAGAACUUCAAAGUGACUCACCGCGGUCAUUAUGGAAGAAAAAAUGUUGGUGUCCUGAUGUGCAUCUGGGUGGGAGACGGACUGGACUGCACCACAUCCCCGACCUACGAGUUCAACAACACCAUCAGCAGUCAACUCGUCGUCAGAAUACCGCGAGCGUCACGUGAUCAUAGCGGGACGUACGCUUGUUACGUUCUGGGCUCUAAGCUCGACGGGUUUGAAUCGUGUGAAUUUAUGGUCAUGACAGGUAGAUGCACGUUCAACUUUACACCUGACAUAGUCGCUCUCACUGCAGUUUUACUCACCCGAUUAUACACUACAAACCAUCAAACAUCACCACCACCAGUUGUAUUAAUUUCCACUGAAACAACACUCAUCAGAAGUCUCAUAGUCUGAUUUAGUUGCGAAUGGUGAAUUUUAUCCACUUACG